AUAGUCAAAAACUCUCCAAAUGUCAAACAACAAAAAAUUUCAUUUCGAUAAAUGAAAAUGCGAAGUCUAACGAUAAUAACUUUAGUUUUAAUUUAUAUAAUAUGUGAAAUUAAAUGUGAUAAUUUUGAUGUACUGAUAGAUGCAAAAGCAACGUCGAUUCAUCGUAUUGAUAGUCUCAAUUUAUUGAUCUAUUGUAGCUUAUUGGCACUUACGGUAUUAACUAUAUGGAUAUUUAAGUAUCGAAGAGUAUCGUGGCUCAACGAAACGGGAUUGGCUGUAAUUUAUGGGUUGAUAGUUGGUGCAAUAAUACGUUUUGCUGGUUCAUCGACUCCGAUAACACAUUUACCAGUGGAAGCGGAACGAUCCGCUAAAUACAAUGAAAGCUUACCACCUGACAGUUUAUGGCUGAAAUUUCCUGGAACACUCAAUGACACCAAUGCCACUCAAAAUCGAACUUAUGCUUACACAUUUCGGGGACAACUCAUUGGUAAUCACAUUAAUGAGAUCGAUUUGAAAGCAACUUUCGAUCCGGAAAUCUUCUUCAACAUCAUCUUGCCGCCAAUCAUUUUCUAUGCAGGUUACAGUUUAAAAAGAAAAUAUUUCUUUCGUAAUCUUGGAACAAUUUUAACUUUUGCUAUCAUUGGAACGACACUUUCGGCACUUCUCAUUGGUGGACUUAUGUAUGGCUUUGUGCAGCUAAUGUCAAAUCGAUCAAGUUUUACCUUCCUCGACACAUUAUACUUUGGCGCUUUAAUUUCACCAACAGAUCCACUGACAAUUCUCGCCAUUUUUAGUGAAAAGAAUGUCGAUGUGAAUCUUUAUGCACUCGUUUUUGGAGAGAGUGUUUUAAACGAUGCUGUGGCAAUUGUGUUAAGUGGCGCAAUUCAAAAUUACGGUGAACAUUAUUCACAAACAGGAGAUUUUGAGACACAUGCAUUUUUAAAAGCUGCGAAAGAUUUCUUCUGCGUAUUUUUCUUCUCUUUGGUUGUCGGAACAUCGAUGGGAUGUGCAACAUCAUUAAUGACAAAAUUCACAAAAGUUCGAGAAUUUCCACUUCUUGAAUCGGCUUUGUUUGUGUUAAUGUCGUACAGCACUUUUCUUAUCGCUGAAGUGUUUGAAUUGACUGGAGUGGUUGCAGUGCUGUUUUGUGGCAUUUGUCAAGCACAUUACACGUUCAACAAUCUUUCGGAAGAGUCAAGAACAAGAACGAAACAACUUUUUGAGCUUCUCAAUUUUCUAGCUGAAAACUUUAUCUUCUCUUACAUUGGUGUGUCGAUGUUUUCAUUUCCACGUCAUCAUUUUGAUGCAAUCUUCAUCAUAACUGGAUUUUUAUGUGCUUUAAUUGGACGAGCUGCAAAUGUUUAUCCACUUGCUUGGGUCAUCAAUCUUGGAAGGAAGCCAAAAAUGCCAUGGAACUUUCAACAUAUGUUGUUCUUUGCUGGUCUUCGUGGUGCAAUGAGCUUUGCUUUAGCGAUUAGAAAUACUGUCUCGGAUGCUAGACAAAUUAUGUUGACAUGUACAUCACUUAUUGUCAUCACGACAGUAAUCUUUCAAGGCGGCGCAGCAAACUUUUUCCUAAGUUGGUUGAAAAUACCAGUAAGAGUUGAAGAUGAAACAGACCAGUUAACAUAUCAGUCAGUGAGAAGUGAUGUUGAAAGCCCCGAUGGCAGUUCUGAUGUGCCAGGUCCAAGUAGUUCAUCAAAAAGAAACGAAAAAGCUUUACUUGCGAGAAUUUGGGGGAAUUUUGAUUCAAGAUACAUGAAGCCACUUCUGACAAAUUCUCGCCCAACACUUUUUGAGACGUUGCCAUCGUGCUGUGCACCAAUCGCAAGAAUACUCACUACAACCGAGCAGUUGAACCAAAGUGGACCAACAAGAAAAGUCGAUUCCGAUUCUGAUUUAUGUAUUGAUGAUCCAAGUGUGAAUGGAACGAGAAGAAAUUCAAUAAGUCGCAUUACCACAAGAAGCAACAAUUCACCAUCAGUUAUUUGAGUUUUAGAGGUUGACGAUAUUUGUAGGAAUAUCUGAUGUUUUGUUAUUGUUCUACAACCGUUAUUACCUUUCUCCUUUAUAUUUUUCUAGCAAAAUAUGCUAGAUAUACUUUACCAAAAGAUUUUUAAGACAAUAAGUUUGUUAUUAUUUUUAUGAUUUUAGUCUUAUCUUCUACCAUUUAUCAACAAAUUAUCAUUGAACUGUGAUUUGAGUUACAAAACAUUGUAAAUGUCUUUGCGAAUGUUUAUAAAACAUUGAAACAUUAACGAAUGUUCUACUAGAACGCUGCAUAAACAUUAAUCAUGUAAUUCCCUUAAAUGAUGUUUAUUUAUUUAUGUUCUACGGAAAACUAAAGAAAAACAUUAAUAAUUGUGAGAAGUUUUCAACAGAACAAAUAAAAGAAAACUUUGAAAAAAGGAAAAA